AUGGCACCAGCUACUCCAAGAGAAGCGGGAGUGUGGAGACAAACCAGAGCUCUCCUGUUCAAGAACUGUCUGAUUAAGUGUAGGACUAAAAAAAGCAGCGUUCAGGAGGUCCUUUUCCCACUCUUUUUCUUGUUUUGGCUAAUUCUGAUGAGCAUGAUGCACCCGCACAGGAAGUACGGCGAGGUCGCCAACACCAACCUCGGGGUGCUGGAUACCUCCGUGCUGGUGAACUUUGUCGUCGGGUACACACCGCCAACCUGGGCGGCACGGGAGAUCAUGAAGAAAGUGGCUUUCAAUAACUUCGAAGACGGCAUCAUCACAGAGGAGUAUUUAAGCGAAGAGGAGCUGCAGGAGGCCAGUGCUUUUAAACCCUCAAACUUUGUGGGUGUGGUGUUCAAGGAUGCCAUGUCCUACCAGCUGAGGUUUCCUGAUUCAGUCGCUAUGUCUUCCAUCUAUAUGGAAUCGAGAGCCAGUUGCUCCAACCUGCGGAAAGGGUGCGAAUCGGUCACGUACUGGAGCUCGGGAUUUACGGCUCUGCAAGCCCGCAUCGAUGCUGCGAUUAUACAGCUGAAGACUAAUCAGUCGGUUUGGGAACAGCUUGAACUGACGAGAGCAGUGGUCAUGGGAGAGGCUGCUGUGGUGGAAAUAGACAAUUUUCCUCGGGCGAUCAUUUUGAUUUACCUCGUGAUCGCUUUCUCACCGUUUGGGUAUUAUUUGGCAAUUCAUAUUGUGGCAGAAAAGGAGAGGAAGUUGAAGGAAUUCUUAAAAAUAUUGGGACUUCAUGACACCGCCUUUUGGCUUUCGUGGGUGCUGCUCUACGUGAGCCUGAUCUUUGUCAUGUCCAUUCUUAUGGCAGUGAUUGCAACGGCCUCUUCCCUCUUUCCCCAGAGCAGUGCCUUUGUGAUAUUUCUCCUUUUUUUCUUCUAUGGAAUCUCUUCAGUUUUCUUUGCACUUAUGCUGACACCUCUAUUUAAAAAGUCAAAACAUGUGGGUAUAGUGGAGUUCCUGGCGACGCUGGUGUUUGGCUUUGUGGGCCUUAACAUCGUCCUGCUGGAAGAUUUCCCCAAGUCUUUUGUGUGGAUUCUCAGCCCCUUGUGUCAGUGCAGCUUCUUGAUCGGGGUCGCGCAGGUCAUGCAUCUCGAAGAUUAUGAGGAUGGUGCAACAUUCUCAAAUCUGAAUGACGGCCCUUACCCACUCUUUAUCUCUCUUAUUUUAUUGGUGCUGGACAGCAUAUUUUAUCUGCUUGUAGCUGUCUACCUUGAUCAGGUUAUCCCAGGGGAGUUUGGACUACGCCGCACGCCGUUUUUCUUUAUGAAGCCCUCCUUUUGGUCAAAGCACAGAAAAAAUUACAAGGAGUUGUACGAGAGCAGCAUCAACGGCAGCUUGAGUUUCAGUGAGAUAGUGGAACCCGUGCCUUCCGAAUUUCAGGGGAAAGAAGCCAUCAGAAUCAGCUGUGUUCAGAAAACAUUCAGGAAAAAGGGGGAAACUGUGGAGGCUCUCAGAAAUUUAUCCUUCGACAUCUAUGAAGGUCAGAUCACAGCUCUGCUCGGGCACAGCGGGACCGGGAAGACGACGCUGAUGAACAUCCUUUGCGGGCUGUGUCCACCCACAGACGGGUUUGUCUCUGUCUACGGGCACAAAGUCUCAGAAAUCGAUGAAAUGCUUGAAGUGCGACAAAUAGCAGGCGUCUGCCCCCAGUCCGACAUACACUUCGAUAUAUUAACUGUGGAGGAGAAUCUCUCCAUCUUUGCUGCAAUUAAAGGAAUCCCGCAGAAUGAUCUGAUACAAGAGGUGCAGAAAGUGUUGUUGGAUUUGGAUAUGCAGCCGAUCAGAGACAACCAAGCCAAGAAACUAAGUGGGGGGCAGAAGAGGCGGCUGUCGGUGGGAGUUGCUGUCCUCGGGAACCCAAAGGUUUUACUGCUGGAUGAGCCGACUGCGGGUAUGGAUCCGUGUUCGCGUCACAUCGUCUGGAACCUCCUGAAAAACAGGAAAGCCAAUCGCGUGACCGUCUUCAGUACCCACUUCAUGGACGAGGCAGAUAUCCUCGCUGAUCGUAAAGCUGUGAUUUCUCAGGGGAUGUUGAAAUGCCUCGGAUCAUCUCUCUUUCUCAAAAGCAAAUGGGGGAUUGGCUACCGCUUGAGUAUGCACAUCGAUGCCUAUUGCAACACGGAAGCUACGACCUCGCUGAUAAGGCAGCACAUCCCUGCAGCCAGCCUGAUCCAGGAGAACGACGAGCAGCUCGUGUACACCUUGCCGCUCAAGGACAUGGACAAGUUUGCAGGCUUGUUCUCUGACCUUGACACUCAUUCCCAUUUGGGCGUUAUCACCUACGGCGUCUCCAUGACGACACUGGAGGAUGUCUAUCUGAAGCUGGAAGUCGAGGCAGAGAUUGAUCAAGCAGAUUAUAGCGUGUUCAGCUCCCAGCAAGUGCAGGAUGAAGUGGAUACAAAAUCCCUUGACGAUAUGGAGCAGAGCCUCCUGGUACUCUCGGAGGCGAAGAUGCCAGCAAUGAGCAAUACAGCCCUCUGGAAGAAGCAGGUUUCCACCAUAGCAAAAGUUCAUUUCCUUAGUCUCAAGCGGGAAAAUAAAUGUGUGAGAGUUAUGUUGUUGCUUUUUCUGAUUUUUCUUGUAGUUCAGAUUUUAUUGUUUUUCAUACACCACAUCAUCAAAAAUUCUGUAGCUGCUAUCAAACUCUCCCCAGAUUUGUACUUGCUGAAGCCCGGAGAGGACUAUCACAAGUACAGGAGUCGCCUUCUGCUGCAGAACUCCACAGAAUCGGAUAUCGAUGACAUUGUCCACUCUCUUGGGAGCAUGAACAUACUCCUGGAGAUGUUCAAUGACAGUGACUACGUCUCGGCCGCACCUCACAGCGCAGCUUUAAACGUGUUUGACCUUGAAUCCAGACAGAACUAUGUUUUCAUGGUCAUAUUCAACAGUACCAUGGUGCAUUCCCUGCCAGUUUUGAUGAACAUGGUCAGCAACCUGCUGCUGCGUGGUUUGAACGUGACGGAGAGCAUUCAGAUCUGGAGCAACCCCUUCGUUCAGAAUCUUCCAGACACAAUUUUCAGACUAGAGAUCUAUUUUGAAGCUGUGCUCCUGGGAAUCAUUAUUACUGGAAUGCCACCUUAUUUUGCCAUGGACAAUGCAGAAAACCAUAAGAUCAAAGCGUACACGCAGCUGAAGAUAGCGGGGCUUUAUCCCUCUGCUUACUGGGCUGGGCAAGCCGUGGUUGACCUCCCGCUGUUUUUCUCCAUCCUUGUCCUGAUGAUAGGCAGCCUCUUUGCCUUCCACUACGGUGUUUAUUUUUACGUGGGCAAGUUCGUUGCUGUGAUCUUUUGCCUGAUCGGCUACGUCCCAUCAGUUGUGCUCUUCACUUACGUCGUCUCAUUCACGUUUAAAAAAGUCCAGAAUACGAAAGAAUUUUGGUCAUUUAUAUUUUCAGUGACAGCCUUGCUCUGUACGGUUGUCACUGAAGUGGCCUUUUUUCUGGAUUAUUACCUGGUAACCACCGUCCUGCAUUAUGUCUUCUCCAUCUUCAUUCCUAUUUAUCCCCUUAUUGGCUGCCUGAUUUGUUUUAUAAAGGUCUCAUGGAAAGGCAAGCGAAAGAAUGGAGGCUACUACGACCCAUGGGACCGACUCCUGGUAGCAGUUAUAGCUCCCUAUUUGCAGUGUGUCAUGUGGCUGUUCCUACUGCGAUGUUUCGAGCUGAAGAAUGGCGGGAGGACAGUUAGACAGGAUCCAUUUUUCAGAAAAUGUUUUACAAAAGCCAAAACUUGGAGGUUCCCGGACAUCUCACAUGACGAGAACGAAGAUGAAGACGUGAAGGCGGAGAGGCUGCGAGUCCAAGAAAUACUGGGCGGCCCCAAAAGCGAGGAGAUGCCAGCAAUCCUGGUCAGCAGCUUGCACAAGGAGUUUGAUGAAAGGAAGGACUUUCUUCUGGGGAGAAAAAUAAAGAAAGUGGCGACAAAACAUGUGUCGCUCUGCGUAAAAAAAGGAGAAAUACUGGGGUUGUUAGGACCCAAUGGAGCUGGGAAAAGCACGUUAAUUAAUAUGCUCGUUGGGGAGCUUGAGCCAACCAGUGGGCAGGUUCUGAUGGGUGAUUCUUCUUUUGGCCUGAACAGCGAAGAUGACCCCGUGAAGUUUGUGGGGUACUGUCCUCAAACUAAUCCGCUUUGGCCAGAUAUUACAUUGCAGGAACACUUUGAAAUUUACGGCGCUAUCAAGGGAAUGAGUCAGACGGAUGUUAAGGAAGUCAUAAAGCGCAUCGCAAGUGCCCUGGAUUUGAAAGACCACCUGCAGAAGACAACGAAGAAGCUGGGUGUGGGGCUGAAACGCAAGCUAUGCUUUGCCCUGAGUAUGCUGGGCAACCCACGGGUCACGCUCUUGGAUGAACCGUCGACCGGGAUGGAUCCAAAAGCCAAGCAGCACAUGUGGCGGGCCAUUCGAGCAGCAUUUAAGAAUAAGGAGAGAGCAGCUAUCCUGACCACUCACUACAUGGAGGAGGCAGAUGCUGUCUGUGACCGUGUGGCCAUCCUGGUGUCCGGGCAGCUCAGAUGUAUAGGUACUGUCCAACACCUAAAGAGUAAGUUUGGCAGAGGAUACUUCUUGGAAAUGAAAUUAAAAGAAACAGCAGAUAUACAGCAGGUGGAGUAUCUGCAGAGCCAGAUUUUACACAUCUUCCCCAACGCGAAUCGUCAGGAAAGUUUUGCUUCUAUUUUGGCAUAUAAAAUCCCUAAAGAAGACGUACAGUCGCUUUCACAUUCGUUUUCCAAGCUGGAAGAAGUAAAGCACGCCUUUAACAUCGAGGAGUACAGCUUCUCUCAGGCAACGCUGGAACAGGUUUUUGUGGAGCUUGCUAAAGAGCAGGAGGAGGAGGACAGCAGCUUCGGCACCCUGAACAGCACGCUGUGGUGGGAGAGGACGCAGGAAGACCGAGUUGUUUUCUGA